GUAUGGUUUAAGAACCGCAGAGCCAAAUGGAGGAAGCGGGAAAGAAAUCAACAGGCAGAACUUUGUAAGAAUAGUUUUGGAGCUCAGUUCAAUGGACUGAUGCAACCUUACGAUGAGAUGUAUAGUAGUUAUUCCUAUAAUAACUGGGCUACCAAAGGACUUACUGCCAGCACUCUGUCAACAAAGAGCUUCCCAUUCUUCAACUCCAUGAAUGUCAAUGCCAUUUCUUCCCAGCCCAUGUUUUCAACAUCCAGUUCUAUAGGAUCUAUGUCUGUACCCUCCUCAAUGGUUUCUCCAACUGUGAAUGGUGUGCCAGGCCCAAGCCUUAACAAUCUUAAUAGCCCUGGUCUUAACUCUGCAGUUCCAUCCACUACCUGUCCCUACGCAUCCACAGCCAAUCCUUACAUGUAUAGGGAUACUUGUAACUCUAGCCUGGCUAGCUUGCGAUUGAAGGCAAAACAGCAUGCCAACUUCACCUACCCAGGAGUGCAGACGGCAGCAUCCAGCCUGAGCCCGUGUCAGUAUGCUGUGGAUAGGCCAGUAUGAGAACCUCCACUGCU